GUGGCCGCCGCCGCCGCGCUGGUCCCGGGCUCCGGGCCCGCGCCCUUCCCGGCGCCCGGGGCGGCCCCGGCGGGGGGCAUCUCGUUCCAUCUGCAGAUCGGCCUGAGCCGCGAGCCAGUGCUGCUCCUGCAGGACUCGUCCGGCGACUACAGCCUGGCGCACGUCCGCGAGAUGGCUUGCUCCAUCGUGGACCAGAAGUUCCCUGAAUGCGGUUUCUAUGGACUGUACGAUAAGAUACUGCUUUUCCGUCAUGAUCCUACCUCUGAAAACAUCCUUCAGCUGGUGAAAAUGGCAAGUGACAUCCAGGAGGGUGAUCUUAUUGAAGUGGUCCUGUCAGCGUCAGCCACCUUUGAAGACUUCCAGAUCCGGCCCCAUGCUCUCUUCGUUCAUUCAUACAGAGCCCCCGCAUUCUGUGAUCACUGUGGAGAAAUGCUGUGGGGGCUGGUGCGCCAAGGCCUUAAAUGUGAAGGAUGUGGUCUGAAUUACCACAAGAGAUGUGCCUUUAAGAUCCCUAACAACUGCAGCGGCGUGAGGAGAAGGCGGCUCUCAAACGUUUCCCUCACAGGGCUCAGCACCGUGCGCACAUCCUCUGCAGAGUUCUCCAGCAGUGCCCCUGACGAGCCUCUGCUGUCUCCUGUGAGCCCUGGUUUUGAGCAAAAGUCUGUGUCAGAGUCAUUCAUUGGUCGCGAGAAGAGGUCGAAUUCGCAGCCGUACAUUGGACGGCCCAUUCAGCUGGACAAGAUGUUGAUGUCUAAAGUGAAGGUGCCGCACACCUUCGUCAUCCACUCCUACACGCGGCCCACGGUCUGUCAGCUCUGCAAGAAGCUCCUCAAGGGCCUCUUCCGGCAGGGCUUGCAGUGCAAAGAUUGCAGAUUCAACUGUCACAAGCGCUGUGCACCUAAAGUACCGAGCAACUGCUUGGGUGAAGUGGCCAUCAAUGGAGAGUUGCUUAGCCCUGGGGCAGAAUCUGAUAUCGUCAUGGAAGAGGGAAGUGACGACAACGACAGUGAGCGGAACAGUGGACUCAUGGACGACAUGGAAGAGGCUCUGGUCCAGGAUGCUGAGAUGGCGGGGGCCGAGGGCCAGAGUGAUGGUGUGGAGAUGCAGGAUCCAGAUGCAGAGCAGGAGGACUCCAACAGAACCAUCAGCCCUUCCACGAGCAACAACAUCCCGCUCAUGCGGGUGGUGCAGUCUGUCAAGCACACCAAGAGGAGGAGCAGCACGGUGAUGAAGGAAGGAUGGAUGGUGCACUACACCAGCCAGGACACUCUGCGGAAAAGGCAUUACUGGAGGCUGGACAGCAAGUGCAUCACACUGUUCCAGAAUGACACAGGGAGCCGGUACUACAAGGAAAUUCCUUUAUCAGAAAUUUUAUGUCUAGAACCAGCAAAGCCAUCAGCAUUAAUUCUCACUGGAGCCAAUCCCCACUGCUUUGAAAUAACUACAGCAAACAUAGUGUAUUAUGUGGGAGAAAAUGUGAUCAAUCCUUCUAGUCCCCCACCAAACAACAGUGUUCUUACCAGCGGCACUGGUGCGGAUGUGGCCAGGCUGUGGGAGGUGGCCAUCCAGCAUGCCCUCAUGCCUGUCAUCCCCAAGGGCUCCUCUGCGGGUUCAGGAACCAGUUCACACAAUGAUAUCUCUGUGAGCAUUUCAGUUUCAAAUUGCCAGAUUCAGGAAAAUGUGGACAUCAGCACAGUCUAUCAAAUUUUUCCUGAUGAAGUUCUAGGUUCUGGACAGUUUGGAAUUGUUUAUGGAGGUAAACAUCGUAAAACAGGAAGAGAUGUAGCUAUUAAAAUUAUUGACAAAUUAAGAUUUCCAACAAAACAAGAAAGUCAGCUUCGUAAUGAGGUUGCAAUUUUACAGAACCUUCAUCACCCUGGUGUUGUAAAUUUGGAGUGUAUGUUUGAGACGCCUGAAAGAGUGUUUGUUGUUAUGGAAAAACUCCAUGGAGACAUGCUGGAGAUGAUCUUGUCAAGUGAAAAGGGCAGGUUGCCAGAACACAUAACGAAGUUUUUAAUUACUCAGAUACUAGUGGCUUUGCGGCAUCUUCAUUUUAAAAACAUUGUUCACUGUGACCUCAAGCCAGAAAAUGUGUUGCUGGCCUCAGCCGAUCCUUUCCCUCAGGUAAAACUUUGUGAUUUUGGUUUUGCUCGGAUCAUCGGGGAGAAGUCUUUCCGGAGGUCAGUGGUGGGUACCCCAGCCUACCUGGCGCCUGAAGUUCUGAGGAACAAGGGCUAUAAUCGUUCCCUAGACAUGUGGUCUGUUGGGGUCAUCAUCUAUGUGAGCCUGAGUGGCACCUUUCCUUUCAAUGAAGAUGAAGACAUCCACGACCAGAUCCAGAAUGCAGCCUUCAUGUAUCCACCCAAUCCUUGGAAGGAAAUCUCUAAUGAAGCCAUUGAUCUUAUCAAUAACUUGCUACAAGUGAAAAUGAGAAAGCGUUACAGUGUGGAUAAGACCUUGAGUCACCCUUGGCUGCAGGACUAUCAGACCUGGUUAGAUUUACGAGAGCUGGAAUGCAGAAUUGGAGAACGCUAUAUUACCCACGAGAGCGAUGACUCGAGGUGGGAGCAGUUCGCGGGCGAGCAGGGCCUGCAGUACCCUGCACACCUGGUCAGUCUGAACACUAGCCACAGCAACAGUCCUGAGGCUGAAGAGAGAGAAAUGAAAGCCCUCAGUGAGCGUGUCAGCAUCCUCUGAUUCCAUCCUUUCUGAUCUGUCAAAACACUGUGGAAUUAAUAAAUACAUACGGUCAGGUUUAACAUUUGCCUUGCAGAACUGCCAUUAUUUUCUGUCAGAUGAGAACAAAGCUGUUAAACUGUUAGCACUGUUGAUGUAUCUGAGUUGCCAAGACAAAUCAACAGAAGCAUUUGUAUUUUGUGUGACCAACUGUGUUGUAUUAACAAAAGUUCCCGGAAACACUAAACUUGUUAUUGUGAAUGAUUUAUGUUAUAUUUAAUACAUUAAACCUGUCUCCACUGUGCCUUCGGAAAUUAGUGUUUUUCCUACCAGAGCCUCAUAUUGGUAAGAGCCAGCACCUAUCCAUGACAUCAUUAUAUAUGAUGUGCCCGUUGAUGGUGGUGUUGUACGCAAACUCUUGAGGAGUAGAUAAUUUGCUGGUGUUCUGUGAACAACUAAAAAUGCACAGGUUUCGGGGGUGGGAAAAGGGAAUAUGAAGUCCUGAGAUUGAGUUGCAUGCGAACAGUUUCCUGUGUGGUUCCAAAUCUGCUGCUGCUCUGGUGUGCCUCAGUGUAUUUAAACUGUAUCAAGUGCACCUCAAUACGUGGAGCUGCUGCUCUAAGCCUAAAUGCCUUAGAAUGUAAACUGCUAAACAUGCGAGAUGCAUUUCUUCAUUUCUUACAAUACCAGCUGUAUUAAGGAAAACCAGCACCUCAGCAAAUGUUGACCUUUUAUGUAUUUUUCAAUAAUAAGAAAUAAAUAUU